AUGAAGAACAGAUAUACAAGUACUGUUAUGCACAGUAAACGGUACUUAUAUAAGGAAAAUAUACCUGAACAUUUAUUAUUUUUUUUUCUAACUUUUUACUUAUUAAUUGUAUUGUAUGUCCUAAAAAAUACACCAUAUAAAAACAUAAUUCUUCUGUAUAUUGUGCCGUGUCUGUUACUGUUUAAAGUUUCCUUUAUAUGUCUCCCCAAAUUUAUAAACUUUUUGCAUGAAAAGGGAUUAUAUGGCAUAGAUUUAAACAAAAUUAUUAAGAACAAGGUGGCAGAACCGAUUGGCCUUUUCCCCUCCAUUUUGUAUUUUAUUUUCGUCCUCUUUUAUCAGUUGUUAUACUACGACGACCAUAAAAUUCUUCUAGAGUACAACGCUGGGUUGUUGUCCAUUAUUUUUAUGACCUUUUUGGGUUUUAUAGAUGAUGUUGUCGAAUUGAAGUGGAGAUAUAAAGUUGUUCUACCCUUUUUCGGAAUCAAUGGGUUAGAGAUAGGACAGAGCUUAAUCAUUUCCUUUUUCAUUUCCAUCCACAAUUUAAUAGAAAUUAUCCUAAACAUAGGAAUGGGAAGAGGUGGAAGCAUCGAAGGAUCACGAAUUUUAAAACAACAUUUUUUAUCGAUAAUAUUUAUAUUGCCUUUUAUAUCCAUAAAUUUGGUUACCUUUUCUUUUAAUUUUUACCCUGCCAAAGGAUUUGUCGGAAAUACCUUAACAUAUUUUUGUGGAAUUUUUUUAGCUGUCGUUUCUAUAUUUGGACAUUUUUCUAAAACAUUGAUAUUAUUUUUGAUACCACAAUUUAUGAAUUUUUUUCUUUCUUUUCCACAAUUAUUUAACUUUGUUCCUUGUCCAAGGCAUAGAUUACCAAUUAUAAAUACCAGAACGAAUAAAUUAAUGCAUUCACACAACUAUACUCUUAUAAAUUUGAUUUUGUAUUUAUUUGGACCCUUGUCAGAAUAUCACUUAGUUAUCCUUUUAUUAUUCUUUCAAUUUGGAACAUGUUCCCUUGGUUUGUUUUUGCGAUAUUUUAUCGACACAACGUAG